AAUGGGGAAGGGGGAAGCGCAUUUCGCCGAGUGAGCUGACUUGAACCGGCCAAGCAGCUCGCAUCCUGUACGAAAAGCAUGUGUACAUGACGGCCAACGGGUAGCUAGAUGCUGGUCAAGCUUGUCACGAUGCUCCUUCGCUCUCGCAGGCGAGCUCUGGAUGGCGCCGAAAUCGAGGGGCGCCACCUUGUCACGAGCGCCGCGAAUCGCCCUGUCAUGCACAAGGCCGGGCCGAAACGUCAUUGCUCGCUGGGUUUGGCAUGGAGGGAUUGCUUGAACCCUGGGAGAACUGCGGCGCACGAGCCCGCCAAGACGCCCCCGAUCGAUGGAUUGACGUUUGGUGGUCGCUUCGUAGGUGUGGUGUUGGUGGUGUUGAGGCGUUGACUGGUCGGACCACUGUAGAGGGCGGUAGAGAGACCGAGAUGGUGCAUCCCAGUGCAUCCAGUGAAUCUCGUGAAUCCCAGUUCAUCUCCGUUCAUUCGGCGCAUUCAGUACCUUCACUGCAUUCAUUGCAUCCCAGGUGCAUACACAUCACAUCCCUACAACUCACCAAUUCCCACACCCAACCAUGUCCUCCGAUCAUCGCUCAUCCAACCCCAUACGCAGUAGCAUUGCAACUUGCAACAAUCAGUCGACAAUCACAUUCCCAUCUGUCGGCUCCGUCCCCAAAACGUUACACCACCAAACCCGGCCGGUCAUCCUCCAUCACUCGCCCGAGAUCUAAAUUAAGACCGAGACAACCCGGCACCACAGGGUUGGUUUUUCUACAACGGGUAGCAAAAAAAGGCAAAAAAAAUACAAUGAAAAACGUGGGAACGCGCAAAAAGUAAAAAAAAAGGCUAAACAUUGUGUCGGAUAGCCGCUCGGCCUCCCGCGUGCGCUGGCAUGUCUCUCGCUUGUCCCGCCACUCAAAAAACGUGCCUGUGUUUCGCGAUGCCUCUAUUUCCGAGCAUUCCAGUUGCGUCAGCGCCCACUCCGCCGCGUGCGCACCGCAGGUCACACGAG